UUGACUUUUGACUCCAGUUUUGAGACUUCUUUCAGUCUUUCACUUUUUAAAUCCUUUUGUAAAAUUAUACGUACGUAAAUUUCAUGGUUCGGUAUUGGUCACCCUGUUUUUCUGUUGACCUACGGUUUAGGCUUGAUAAAGCUGUGAGCGGAAUAUGAGAUCGUAAGUGAUCAUUCCUUUGGGCAAUUCUGUCGCUGGAAGUUGCGGAGAAUGCCUCCACCGUUGCCGCGUCCGCGUUAUCUGCGAGAUUACAGCGUCCAGUCCCGUGACGUCCCUAUCUACGGGCGCUACAUCAUCCUUCCAGCGCGUCUCCACGCCGACGAAGACGCCCGCCGCCUGGCGCAGGCCUUCGUCGAGCGCCUCAUUGAUCGCGACGGCGUGCGCGAUGAUCCCCUGGAGCCACAUUCCGCGUGUGCGCCCUUCUCCUGUUUGGAGCUGUACGAUCUGCACGGGGGGAUGCGCGACGUGAUCUGGUGCAUCAUGCUCAGUUUCGCCAGUGCCAACUACGCUGCGACCGUCGUUCGCAGUGGCGGAGAUGGGCAGUGCGCUUCGACGCACCAGGAGCAGGCCGCCAAGAACCCGCGACGCAAACGGCAGUUUAUCCAUGCCUCGUCGAGUCCGGACAGCGCGCGUGCCUUUCUCGAGGCGCUGCAGACCGUGCGACGGGAGCUGGAGGUGCCCGCAUGGAAGAAUGUGAAGGUGGCAGCGCUCCUCGAACCCGGGAAUCUCUGCAUCAACAACCAGAUUUUACGAACUUUUCCUGGCUCCAUCCCCGAGCGCAGCUUAUCCUGCCGCUCCCUGCUGACCACGGCCUCCUGCCGCUUCAAGGACGCUCUGGACAGCUCGCCUCUCACCACCCCACCCUCACCCCCCGACGACAUCGAGGAGCUGAUCAACCAUUCCCGCUCGGCCUCCCGCUGCCCCUACUACGCCCUCAACGCCCACACCCCCGACGCCGACAUCGUCUUCACCACGUACGCCGCCCUGACGGAGAUCGUGGGGGAGAUGCGGUUGCCCGGGGAGACUCUGCCGUUGGGACCGCACACGGUCCUGCUGUGCGAUGAUGCCUUCGCGAUGGACAAGGCGCUGUCGACGGCGUACAAAUGGACGCUGUUGCCGCGCGGUCUACGGCUGGUGGGGGAUUAUGUGCGGGAGCGGGAGGCGUUGCGCUAUGCGGCGGAGGCGACGCCGGGGAUCAAGCAGUACGAACGGGCGCCGGAGCAGAUGCAGCACUUUGCCCGGUUCAUUGAGGCGUGCAUUGAGUUGGCCUGCAACACGGAGCCCAUCGUCGCGCAGUUCGCCUACCUGUCCACCUUCAUCCGUCGUUGUGGUCUGCGCCAGUUCACCCCCGGCACCCUGCACUCCCUGAUCAUGUCCACCGCCUACGACAUGCUAUUCGGUAACCUCCUGCGUCCGUUCAUUAUCCGUGCCGCCCUUCCUUCCCUAGCCCAACUGCUGCGCUUCGUCACCCUCCUGGACAGCCACGACAUCUGGCGCUUCUUCUUGAACCCCAACCAGAAGCUCAAUCCCUUCCGCGUCCUCUUCCGCCCUGAUACCCAACGGUAUCCGCUGUGCCGCUUCCCGGGCAUUCAGCAGGGGGCGGGCGGGCAUCGUCUGCGCAGCGUGGUGGAUCCCGCCUUCCAGAAUGGGCGGAAUCAGUGGAAGGCGAAGAAGGAGGUCGCCCGGACGAGUGAUCGGGAGUUGAGCCGGAAGAUGGAUUUGGUGGGGUUUUCGUGGGUGCCGGCGGCGGAGACACUGCACCGGUGGAAGGUCGGGCGCAUGGUGGUGUACGGGACGAUGACGCCGGUGUCCCUGGGGGCGCCGCUGAUGCCUGUCUUCCGACUGAAGCCGAUGAGUCCCGAUGAUCCCACAUUAUGCUGUCGCUUCCUGGACCACGGCCCACCCCCGACCAGUCUCCUGCUGAAAUGCGCCCAAGAGCAGCGCGACAACGUGGAGUACCGCCGCGUCCUGGGCACGAUGAUCAGCAACAUCCUGACCGUCAUCCCACAGCCCUACUGCGUGGCGGUUAUCUUCCCCACCAGCGGCUUCUUGGAGGAGUGCAUGGUGACGUGGAGUACGUCGCCGUGUGGGGAGGGGCGGUUUCUGCUGGAGCGUGGGGUCACGACGGUGCAGGCGGACUUUCAGCACUUCAUCCGGGCGUGUGCUCGUCCGGAUGGUCUGGAGCCAGGGAACGGUCGUGGUCAUCGGCAUGCGGCGGUGAUGGAGGACUGCAAGCCGGUGGUGCUCGUGGCCCGCAGCAGCGCGGUAGAUGGACUGCAGUUCCGCAUUGGACAGAAUCGACCGGUUUCAGUGGUGGUGGUUGUGGGGAUGGCGUUUGCAUAUGCUGAUGAUCCCGCCGUCAAGAGUAAACAAGGUUUUUUCGACAACGUCUUCGGUAAAAAAUGGGGCAAGGGGAAGAGCUACUACUUCCAGGAGGCCGUCUACCAGACCCUCCGUCCCUUCCUGGCCGCCAGCGGAUGCACCGCCUCGCCCCUCGCCGGCGUGACACCCCACCGGCUCCUCCUCCUUCUAGACACGCGUCUCCGCCAGCAGAAAUCAUACCCAUUGGCCGUGGACCGUAGUCUCAAACAGUCCACCGAGGACUACACCACCAUCCUCCAGACGACCAUCCCCGCCUUCCUCCGCGCGGCCCUGCAUCGCGCCCCCCUCCCGACCAUCCUCCAGACCACCCUCCCCGCCCGGCUGGCCGUGGAUCCCCGUCUGAACCGGUAUCUGCGCACCCGGUAUCCCGUGAACUGGUGUGGGAAGAGGGCCUGGUGCGGCACGACGCUGGAGAAGGCGGCGUGGUGGCGCGGCGUCCUGGAGGGGAUGGAGCGGGCGGUGGCGGUGUAUGAGGGUGAUGGGGAUGUGGAAGCAGUGGCGCGGUCGAUCCUGGAGGCCCUGGAGAUGGAACCACGGGAAUUGCAUUUGCUGCGGGUGCGGAGUGAGUGUCUGCCGUGGUUGGCGGGGAUCGUGCGGUUUAUCUUGGAUCCGGCCAAACAGGACGAGUGGGCGCGGGCGCUUAACGCGUGGAAGGCGGCCAUGGAAGCGAAAGCUAGAGCAUUGCCUGCGCCAGCGGCCACCUGUGGCGAUAUGCGCGUGUAGUAGUGGCAGACUGGCAGGUGUACCGACACGGGCUGCGAUUCGUAGUGACUCGUUGGACGCUGAUUCAGUAGCGCGCAGCUGAUCCUCGCUUCCUCCACCGUCUGGAUCUCGCGUUGAUGCAUACGGUUCUUGAGUGAUAUUGUAGCGGAUGUUGUGUGAUCGGUUGUUCUCGGUUGCUGUUUUCAUUGUUUUGACCGGUUUGCCAUGAGCGCAGCAUGCUGUACUGCACUACGGAUUCGGUAAUUCACGUUCUAAUCUCACUUCUGGCUGACGGUUCUGUCUGUUUUACCUGUACGCCUCACAAAAUAGUAAACUGAGUUGGUGAUCCUGCAUCUUCCUGACUGUGGCAUCUGGUUUUGCAUUUCGUUGCAUGCAUGUAUUUUCGAUUAACUAUCGCGUAAUUGCAACCUUACUCUAACUAGAUUGUCACAACCUUCGUCGACUUGCUGCAAUUCCGAUUGCGGCUUCGCUGCUGCGGACUUAGCUUUUUUUUCAACAAAAUUUUCUAUGUUUGAUAUAAGUUUUUUUCGAAUCUCGC